UUUACUGCAACAAAUAUAAUCUCGCCGUUUGAAAAGUAGAGAGAUUUUUAUGAGAUAACACAAAGCACAAAUUUAUGGAUUUAGUUUUGCCGCGGUUUGUGUCGCCCAAACUCAAGAAUUGCAGCUCGCCAAAUGCUCCCACGCUGCGAGGUGGUUUAGUUCAGGCCAGUCGGAAAACUGCUAGGGUUCGUUCGGAAUUCGACGCUAAAUUGAAUGGCGCCCUUUCUGCUGACUUCGACCCUCGAUUUACUGACCGGCAAAAGGCCCUUGAAGCUGCCAUGAACGACAUCAAUAGCUCCUUCGGGAAAGGAAGUGUUACGAGGCUUGGGAGUGCUGGUGGAGCAUUGGUGGAAACAUUUCCUAGUGGCUGCCUGACCUUGGACUUUGCUUUAGGUGGUGGUCUUCCCAAAGGAAGAAUUGUAGAGAUAUAUGGGCCAGAAAGUAGUGGAAAGACCACUCUAGCCCUCCAUGCAAUUGCAGAAGUGCAGAGGCUUGGUGGAAAUGCUAUGCUUGUCGACGCGGAGCAUGCUUUUGAUCCAUCUUACUCUAAAUCUUUGGGGGUUGAUGUAGAAAAUCUAAUUGUUUGCCAGCCUGACAAUGGAGAGAUGGCGCUAGAGAUUGCUGAUCGCAUCUGUAGGUCUGGUGCUGUUGAUCUCAUUUGUAUUGAUUCAGUCUCAGCACUUACUCCUAGAGCUGAAAUCGAAGGUGAAAUUGGGAUGCAGCAAAUGGGUUUACAAGCACGCCUUAUGAGUCAGGCUCUGCGAAAGAUGUCAGGCAAUGCUUCUAAAGCUGGAUGUACACUUAUAUUUUUAAAUCAGAUCAGACACAAGAUAGGAGUGUAUUACGGGAAUCCCGAAGUGACAAGUGGUGGAAUUGCUUUGAAGUUCUUUGCAUCUGUCCGACUUGAGAUAAGACCUAUUGGGAAGAUAAAAUUGGUUAAAGGUGAUGAAGAUGUCGGUGUUAAGGUUCGUGUGAGAGUUCAAAAGAGUAAGGUGUCAAGGCCGUACAAACAAGCUGAGUUUGAAAUUAUAUUUGGGGAAGGAGUCAGCAAACUGGGCUGUGUUCUGGAUUGUGCUGAAAUAUUUGAUGUUGUUUUAAAGAAGGGGUCGUGGUACAGCUAUGGAGAUCACAGUAAUUAUGAUACGGGUGGCGGUUGGAAAGUAUACAGGCUCGGGAAUAGGGAAGUCGUUUGGCCAAGUGAGCGCCAGCAGAACAACCCCACAAAUCUCGGCUGACUUGGUUAGUUGUUCAUGCUAACCGAUGGAGAAGAUUUGGGAGAGAAAAUCGACAAUCUUGUUAGGUUGUUAUAUCAGUUUCAUUGCUUCUAUGGAAAAUCGACAAUCUUGUUAGGUUGUUAAUUUUUCUGCAUUAGUCGUCCAUAUGUAGUAAGGACCCUAGGCGAUAGAAAGCAUCUUGGAAAUCAGUAAUAGGACGAUUUAGUCGUUGGCCUCCUGCGUGAGGAUUCCUCUUUCGUUGUUUAUCUUCUGGUCGUUUAUUUCGAGCAAUAAAGCCAUCUCUCUUCUCAUAAAUCCCCUGGUAGUUCUUUGUGGUAUUUGGUUGAGCACAACUCGUGCUUGUUAUAGUUUGUCGACCUUUACUCCCACAAUUUGGUGCGGUGAACGAUAGUUGUUACGCGCAACAUGAACAGUCGUUU